AUGGCGAUAUCAAGUUCAAGUCAAGUUGAAAGCCCAGAGGUCGUGACUGGACACGAAGAAGACUGGGUCGCUUUGCCUCUGUGGGAUUUUGACCGUGCACGGCUAGCCCCCUGUCGCGGCCCUCGACUCCGCUGGCCUGCUGCUGCGCUGCCCUGGCACUGGCCGUCCCCUUCUGUUUCCCACCCAGCUCGAACACGAACCGCGACCGCUAUCCCGACGAUCACCGACCGACAGGACAAGACAGAAACCUUACGCCCGCAAUUGCUUCGCCUCGCCCGACAGCUGAGAGAGAGCUCCGCCCGCCCACCGCCUGGCCCAAGGGUUCUUUCCGCUCACUCCAUCCACCUUGACGUCUUGUCCAGAGAACAUCGGAUUUACUCCGAGACUGUGCUAUACAUACAAUCACUGUCGCGUUGCUCCUGA